AUGCUCAGCCUGGUCUAUUGGGUCGGGUCUUUGACCGUUUUUCAAGCUUUUUUAUGGUUGGCCGCACUUUUCGCCCUUUUUUUGACGAUCAGAUACUAUUUGGAACGCGUUCAAAUUGAGCAUUUGAGCGAGAAAGCCGUUUUCAUUACCGGAUGCGAUUCGGGUGAGUUUCCGGAUUUUUAGCGAAUUUUUAGGAUUUUUUUUUGAAGGUUUCGGCCGUGGUUUGGCUCUAAAAUGCGUGGAAGCUGGGAUGCCAGUGUUUGCCGGAUGCUUGACUCAACAGGUAUUUUUUUUUCGUCCGAUUGAAAGUGAAUCCCCCGCUUCUUUUCAGGGAAUAGAAAGUCUCAGUUCGGAAGCAGAAAAAUCCACCGGAAAUGUGCCUUUUGACGCGUUUUUGAUGGACGUGACAAGUGACGAAUCGGUCCGAAAUGCGGCAAAAAGGAUUGAGGAGAAAUGCGAAAAAUAUGGAGGUUUGUGCAAGGGCUGAAAUUUAUAUAUUGGAAAACAAACAAAAUUUUGAAAUAAAAAAUGUUUUUUGGGACUUCACGCAGUGGUGAACAACGCCGGAAUCACUGGAAAACACAUCAACGACGACUUUUUGGACAUUGACGAUUAUCUGAAAGUGGCUGAAAUCAACUUGUGGGGACCCGUUCGAACCACUCAGGCCGUCAAAAAAUUAUUGAAAAGAGCCAGGUAAAAUCUCUUCAAAAACUCCAUCACUCCUUUGGAAAAAAAAACGAAAUGUUCUUGUUCCAGAGGCCGCGUGGUGACGGUGGCGAGUAUCUGUGCGCGCGUGGGCCUUCCGGGCAUCGCUCCGUACACAGUGUCCAAGUACGGAGUCUCCGGAUUCUGUGACGUCAUCAGACACGAGCUCCGUCCGUUCGGAGUCUCCGUCCACAUUCUCGAGCCGGGAUUCUUCGACACGCCGCUCAUUAAUCGACAGAAAAUUGAUGUGAGCUAAUUUUUGGAAGAAGAAAAAAAGUGCUAUUCUUUUUCAAUUUUAGGCCGAAAUUCAAGAAGCGUGGAAGUUGGCGCCAAAAGAAGUCAAAGGAGAGUACGGAGAGCAAUAUUUUCAGGAUUGUGAGUUAAUUUCUGUCAAAUGCGAAUUUUUUAAUCCAAAACUGCUUGCAGCACGUCAAAAGACUCAACUGUUCCUGAAUUCCAUUGCGUCUUCCCAAAUUUCGCUCGUAAUCGACGCCUAUUUCCAUGCGAUCACUUCGAAGUUUCCAAGAUCUCGGUAUCAAGUCGGAUGGGACAGCAUUCUCAUGUAAGUUUUCAAUGACAAUUGAGAAAACUGGCGCGAGAACGGCAAUCUUCAGUCAGUGCUUUUCGAAAAUUGUGUUAAACAAAGUGCAGUGCGUUAUUUUGGAGUGUCGUUCGUUGUGUUUUUUUUUUCGCGGACUUCGCUUUUUAGCUAUCGCCGCCGAUCGCCGUCUAAAAACCGCACUUCUCAUUUUGCGCUUUCUUGACCGUUUUCAGACAGAAUUGGUUUUGAGAAUAAUAAAUCACGUAAAUACAAGCAUUUUGAGCGCUCGAACCGCGAAAAUUACCGAAAACCAACUGAAAUUCACGCAGUUUUAGCCAAAAACGUUCAAACGGAUAAAUGUGAUUUGCGACUUGACCAAAUUUGACGCUCUUGCGCUUAAAAAAAUCGUAAUAGCCUAUACAAUCGGUCUAUCGAGAGACUAAUGAGAAAUUAUCGGUUUUUCGUGGCUAAUCUGGCAAAAAACACAAAUUUUGCUGUUAAAAUUAAAAUUUCGCGCCAAUGUAUCGUUCUAUUGGGCGGGGCGCACUUCCGCCCAUUGUCAGCUCUGGAGACCGUGUGAUUUAUUGCCGAGCAUGAGAAACAGUAAAAAAAAUAAGUUUGCGGUAGCUGAAGCUAGAAAAAUUGAGUUUCAGGUCCAAUUUCCUCAUUUUCCCGGAAUUCCAGGCCCGUUGCAAAAUAUGGUCUUUAAAGUUUCACAAUUGCAGGUUCAUUCCGUUCUCGUAUUUGCCGACCGGCGUCCAGGACUACAUUUUCGCCGCCAUCACUUUUUUCCUCCCAAAACCGGCUUGUUGUCAUUGA